AGAGACGUAUGAAGUCAUAAUUAUUUUCUAUUAUUUAUCUUAAUUAUUACAUCAUUAUGUGAUCGAACACUAUUUCAAAAGUAACGUAGCAUGAAACAAGCAGUUUGCUUUCCUCAAUCUUGAAAUCAACAUAAGAUUGAAGAAUUUAAUAUAAUAUUUGAAUUAUUGAAGCUAUUGAAAAAAGUUUAAAAUUUACUUUUAUUAUUUAUUUUUAAUAAGUUUGAAGAAUUUAAUUAUAAUUUAAAUCUUAAUUAUGGAAUUUAAACAACCUAAUCGACCUAGUUAUUGUACAUGGGAAUUAAAUGCAAUAAAUUCACCACAUACAUGUAGAAUAGAAAAUGGUGAUUGUACUAAGAUAAUGCCUGAUAUUUUAAGUGCUAUUGGACAAACGCCUCUUAUAAAAUUAAAUAAUAUUCCUAAAUCUUAUGGUAUAAAAUGUGAAAUAUAUGCAAAAUGUGAAUUCCUUAAUCCUGGUGGUUCUGUGAAAGAUAGAAUUGCAUAUAGAAUGAUUCAAGAUGCAGAAGAUAAAGGUUUGUUGAAACCAGGAUAUACCAUUAUUGAACCAACAAGUGGUAAUACUGGAAUUGGUUUAGCAAUGGCUGCUGCAGUUAGAGGAUAUAAAUGCAUUAUUGUUAUGCCAGAAAAAAUGUCUGAUGAAAAAGUAUCAACACUUAAUGCUCUUGGUGCUGAAAUUAUACGAACUCCAACUGAAGCAAGUUGGCAUAGUCCAGAAGCACAUAUCAGUGUUGCUCAAAAAUUACAAAAAGAAAUACCAAAUAGUAUUAUUCUUGAUCAGUAUACUAAUCCUGGAAAUCCAUUGGCUCAUUAUGAUCAAACUGCAAUUGAAAUUUGGAAACAGUGUGAAGGCAAAAUAGAUUAUUUGGUAGCUGGUGCUGGUACAGGUGGUACUAUUUCAGGUAUUGGACGAAAACUGAAAGAAUUAUCACCAAAUAUAAAAAUUAUUGCUGUGGAUCCUAAAGGAAGUAUUUUAGAUCCAUCAAUUGAAUCGCAAAAUGAAGUUGGUUUUUAUGAAGUAGAAGGAAUUGGUUAUGAUUUUAUACCUACAGUAUUAGAUCAUAAUGUAAUUGAUAAAUGGAUAAAGACUGAAGAUAAUGAAUCAUUAAAUGCUGCUAGAAUGCUUAUACGCCAAGAAGGUUUACUUUGUGGUGGUAGUAGUGGUGCUGCUCUUAUAGCUGCUCUUAAAAUAGCUAAAGAUAUUCCUGAAAAAAAGCGUAUGGUAAUUGUUUUACCUGAUGGAAUACGAAACUAUUUAACUAAAUUUGUAUCAGACUAUUGGAUGGAAACUAGAGGAUUUUUGCAACCUGUAUGUCAAAAUGAAAUGAAUAAAUGGUGGUGGAAUAUGAAAAUUUCAAAUUUAUCUUUUGAUAAACAAUUAUUGUUAAAGGAAAAUACAGUAACAUGUCAAGAAGCUAUGCAUAUGCUCAAAAAUGCAGAUUCACAAUUAUUAGUUAUUAGUGAUGAUAAUAUACAUAUAAAAGGUGUUAUUAGUUUGAACAAACUUACAUCAUAUGUAAUAUCUGGUAUAAUAAAAUGUACAGAUUUUGUAGAUAAAGCUAUGGUUAAACAAUAUGUUAAAGUUAAACAUUCAGCAACUCUUGGUUAUAUAUCACGUGUUCUUGAAAAAGAACCAUAUGCGAUAAUUUUAGAUGAUGAACAUGAUGAUGCUUUUAUUGGAAUUGUAAAUCAAUUUCAUAUUUUGCAAUUUAUAACUAAAAAUGGUAUAUCUAAUAAUUAUUUAAUAAAUUAAAUCUUAAACA